ACAAGAGGUUGUAUGGCAGAUCCCCACCUUCCCAUGUUACAACUUCCUUCUUACCUGUCCCUACCUUCCCCACAUUUUAUAAAACCUUACUAUCCCUCUCUUCCCUCUCCCUCCAAUCCCUCAUCACAAACAACAUUUCCUCUCUCUCUUCUCUCUUUUCAUUCUAUCAUUGCCAUCACAUUAUUAGUCCUCUAAAUCACACACACACACUUCUCAAUUAAACAUAAUCAAAAACAAAAAAUGUGUAGCUCCAAAGCUAAAGUAACUGUUGGCAUAGAAUCUUCCACAACACCAUCUCAUCAUGGAAGGCCAGUUCUUCAACCAACAUGUAACCAUGUUGUUCCAAAUCUUGAAAGAAGAAACUCAAUUAAGAAAUUAACACCAAAAUCACUUUCACCACUUCCACUUCCAAACAAGACUUCUACUACUACUUAUACUACUACUUCAUUGACACCACCAAUUUCUCCUAAACCAAAAUCACCUACUAGACCAUUAGCUAUAAAGAGAGGAAAUGAUAAUAAUGGAAUGAAUUUAAGCUGUGAAAAGCUUGUGAUUCCUAAAAACAUAAUGAAAACUCCAAGUUUAGACAGGAAAAAAUCAAAGAGUUUUAAAGAAGGGUCUUUUGGUAUUGAAACUUCAUUGAGUUAUUCUUCCUCUUUGAUCACUGACUCACCAGGAACCAUAGCUGCAGGGAGAAGGGAACAAAUGGCACUUCAACAGGCACAAAGGAAAAUGAAGAUUGCUCAUUAUGGAAGAUCAAAGUCUGCUAAAUUUGAAAGAGUUUUUCCUAUUGAUCCUUCCAAUGUUUUGGAUUCAAAGGUUACUAAUGAAGAGGAGAAGAGAUGCAGCUUUAUCACAGCCAAUUCAGAUCCUAUCUAUAUUGCUUAUCAUGAUGAAGAAUGGGGAGUUCCGGUUCAUGAUGACAAGAUGUUGUUUGAACUUCUAAUUUUAAGUGGUGCUCAAGUUGGAUCUGAUUGGACCUCAACCUUGAAAAAACGCCUAGAUUUCAGGGCUGCAUUUUCAGAAUUUGAUGCAGAAAUUGUGGCAAACUUGACUGAUAAGAAAAUGAUAUCUAUUAGUUCAGAAUAUGGCAUUGAAAUAAGCAAAGUUAGAGGAGUUGUUGAUAAUGCUAACCAAAUUUUACAGGUAAAGAAAAGCUUUGGUUCAUUUGACAAGUACAUUUGGGGAUUUGUGAAUCAUAAACCAAUCUCAACUCAAUACAAAUUUGGCCACAAGAUUCCUGUGAAGACAUCAAAAUCAGAGACCAUAAGCAAAGACAUGAUUAGGAGAGGUUUUAGGUUUGUUGGUCCAACAGUUGUUCAUUCAUUUAUGCAGGCAGCUGGCCUAACAAAUGACCACUUAAUCACUUGCCACAGGCACUUGCAAUGCACCUUAAUGGCACCUAUUUAAGAAGAUUAAUUGACCCUACAAGAGCUCAAGACAUAAAUUCAAAGUUAUUAUUAUGUAUGCUUAAGAGCAUAUGUAAUAUAAUUAAUGUGCUAACUAUAGUUUACUUUGAACUUAAUUGUUGUGUAUAAUAUUAGAUAGGUCUGAAAGUUUUUUUUUUCCUUUCUGAUUUGUGAGAUGUUGUGAGAAUUUUCAAUGUUAAGUUUGAGUGUGCUAAAGCUUUUUCAUUUGCAUAGUUCAAAAAUGAAAAUAUGAUUGUUAUUUGUGAGA